GCCUGUCCUGCAGACUAGUCGAGGGUUGCGUAAGGGAAUGUCUUCCCCAAACGUACUCAAGUUCACACAUUACUUUUUAGAAACCUACCUAGUCGUAUCCCUUCAUCCGCGAUGCGUAAAGCUUCUGUGAACUCGUUGGUUUUGAGUUUCUCCAGAAUAUGGCAUUUCAUCCUCGUUUCUUCUGGGCAGCACUUCUCAAUGACACUGAAGAUCAGGAUGGUGUUCUUGAUAUUUUUGGCGUCUCUCUGUUUAAAUCUUUCCUUGCAGGCUGGGCACCUGGAUGGCAAGUAGUUUCCCAGGCAACUCCGGCAGAACGAGUGACCACAGGACAUGGUGGCCGGUUCACACAUGAGGAACAGGCAGAUUGGGCACUCAAGUAGAUCCAUGGUGGCACCGUGGCGGGGUUGUGUCACACCAGCGGGUCCGUGCUCUCUCCGGCCAGCGCCAGGUAUCUGUGUUCACUAUGCUCCCCACAGUAAUCUUGAAGGGGACUCUCAUCAAGAAAUCUCAGCAGAAGCGAAGGACAUCGCCCUGUAAUUACAAGGAAAGGUUAUUUGUCUUGGACACCCAGGACCUGACCUAUUCUGAACAGCGGCCUGGGAAAAAGCCCAGCCAGAAAGGCUGCAUUGAGCUCUCCAGGAUCAAGUGUGUAGAGAUAGUGUGCAGUGAAGUCCCAAUCCCCUGCAGCAACAAGUACCCCUUCCAGGUUGUCCACGACAACUGCUACCUGUACAUCUUCGCCCCGGACAACGACUGUCGUCAGAGAUGGGUCCGAGCUCUGAAGGAGGAGACCAAGUGCAACGCAUUACUCCUGAAGUAUCACCCCAACUUCUGGAUGGAGGGGAGGUGGAGGUGCUGUUACCAGACAGAGAAGAUGGCUACAGGAUGUCAGGAGUACGACCCUGUGGGAUUCGGUACAGCUUCCAAGAAGCCUCUCCCUCCAACCCCGGACACACAGCGGCGGAUCUCCGACCCGGACCAGAGUGUGGUGGUAGCACUACAGAACUACAGUCCCCAUGGAGACACAGAGCUGCCCCUUCACAAAGACCAGGAGUACAUCCUGACUGACAGCUCCCACCAUGAUUGGUGGACCGUACAGGACCACAGAGGAAACACAGGUUUUGUACCUUGCACUUAUAUAGCGGAAAAAUCCUGCAACAACUUCAACAGAUUUGAAUGGUACAACAAAGACAUAACGAGAGGCAGAGCUGAGGAACUGCUGAUGACAGAGGGUAAGGAAGGAGCCUUUAUGGUGCGAGACUCCAGGCAUGCAGGCGUCUACACUGUGUCCGUCUUCACUAAAGCCCCAGGAUCCAACGGGCAGAAGAACCCGCGGGUGAAGCACUACCAGAUCAGACAGUCAGAGGCAGAGGAGACGUCCAAGUUUUACCUGGCAGAGAAAUACCUGUUCAUGACCAUUCCUGAGCUCAUCCAGUACCACCAACACAACGCUGCAGGUCUGAUCACGCGACUGAGACAUCCCAUCUCUCAGGGUAGAGAGAGCUUUCAGAGCCCUGCAGAACUCUCAAAAGGUCAGUGGGAGGUGGACCCGGCAGACCUGACCCUGGGUGAGGAAGUGGGCAGCGGUCAGUUUGGCCUGGUACUCCAGGGGCGGUGGAGAGAGCGCAGGGUAGCUGUGAAGAUGGUCCGGGAGGGAGCCAUGUCUGAGGAGGACUUUAAAGAGGAGGCCAGGGUCAUGACGAUGCUGUCCCACUGUAAACUGGUGCAGCUGUAUGGUGUGUGUACACAGCAUUCUCCCAUGUGUCUGGUGUUUGAGUUGAUGGAGCAGGGCUGCCUGUCAGACUACCUCCGAGCCAGGAGGGGGCGUAUGUCCCAGGACACCCUACUGGGGAUGUGUCUGGACGUCAGUGAAGGGAUGGCAUACCUGGAGAGCAACAACUUCAUCCACAGAGACCUGGCAGCCAGAAACUGUCUGGUCUCCUGCAACAACGUGGUGAAGGUGUCUGAUUUUGGAAUGACCAGGUUUGUUCUAGAUGACCAGUACACCAGCUCUCAGGGCUCUAAGUUCCCCAUCAAGUGGUCAUCUCCUGAGGUCAUCAAGUACUGCAAGUUCAGCAGCAAGUCUGACAUCUGGUCCUUUGGUGUGUGUAUGUGGGAGGUGUAUACUGAGGGGCGUCUGCCCUAUGAGAACCGGUCUAACGGUGAGGUGGUGGAGGCCCUGAAUGCAGGCCUGAGGCUGCUGAAACCCAGACAGGCCCCAGAGGCUGUGCACCUCCUCAUGGAGUGGUGCUGGAAGGAGAAACCAGAGGACCGACCAUCCUUUGCUCUCCUGCUGCACGAGCUGGCCUCUCUGUCAGACCUCUGAGCCUGAAUGGACAAGCUAUUCAACCAAACCUAGUCUGCUAACUAGCUAUCCGGGGUAAAUCAUGGAAGAAUCAUUUGCUCAAUAAAACUGAAGAUACUAUACAAAAAAGACUUAGCUAGCUGUAUUUAUGUUAUUUAUUCAUUUCCUUCUAAUUUCUAUUUCUUACUUUUUUUUGUAGCAACCAUAUUUUUUAUAAAAUGAAGAAGUCUA